UAUUUUUUAGGACAUAUUCAAUAUUUUAUUUCUAUACAUAAAAACUAUGAAAGAUUCAUCUAAUCCUUUAAACUCUCUUCAACAUAAAAAACUCAAUAAAAUUUAUUGGCUUCUAAUAUUUCUUAUUAUUUCUUUCAUCGCUUGGGUUACUAAUAAUAAUUCAAAAUUGAUUACUUGGUCUUUUACUAUUUUACUUUGGCUAUUAGUUAGCAUCGGAUCUUUUCUUUUAGGAUAUCUUGGAUUUCAAUUAAUUUUAUUUAAUGAUAAACAAGAUGCAUAUGGAUUUAUAUUAAAGGAUAUAAAUGAAGCUACUGAGUGGUUACAACAACAUGGUAUAACUAUCGAUACAUAGAAAAAAUACGUUUAAAUAUUAAUUUUUAAAUAAAUUUAAAUAGCUU